AUGGACCUGACUUUAUCGUCCCCCAACUCCCGGAGUAGACGGUCGGAAAUCUGGCAUCCAGACGGUAGCGUGGUACUGGAAGCCGUAACAACGCAGUUCCGCGUUCACUGGAGUGUGCUUGCUCUCCACUCAACAUUUUUCCGCGGCUUGCUUGACCUGCCGCAGCCGCUGGAGCAAUCACGACCAAGCAUUGAAGGCUGCCCCGUUGUCGAGCUAUCCGAUGCACCGGAGGAUAUUGAGCAGCUUCUCAAAGCCCUCUACGACCCGCUUUUCUUUGUCCAGAAAGCGCUUCCACUCAAGACACUCGGGAGCGUUAUCCGGAUAUGUCGGAAAUACGAGUUCCACGACCUCCUGCAAACCGCCAUCGAGCGGGUCAACUACGAGAACCCGACGAGACUGGAUGCAUAUGACGCAUUGAAAACGGGGAAUGCUUAUACGCCGUCGCGGAUCGUCAACCAUCACGGCCUCCUCUUCGAUACGAUAACACUGGCAUGGGAGAAUAACCUGCUGUCGGUGCUGCCCUGUGCUUACUAUCGAGCGCUGGUUGGGACUCUUCCGCCCAAAACUUUCGAUGGAAUCCCUCGCGGAGACGGCACCAUGGCAACACUCGCGCCAGUCCACCAACGGGCCUGUGCUCUUGGUAGAGCAGCCUUAUUCAGUGCGCAAUGGGACUCCAAACACACAUUUGGAUGGACAGACCCGGACUUGCCGCCACCUAUGGGUUGUCGUGACGGUGUUGGCUGUAAACAGAAGAAGCUCAAUUUCUUCCGGAGACACGUCGUUCGUGGCUCCCUCGCUCCAUUCUGCACCUUGGCGUUUCUGGAUACACUUGGGCUCUGCGCAGUUUGUGUGGAUAGUGUGACAAAGCAGAUGGUGGCUGGGCGGAAGAAGAUGUGGGACGAUCUGCCAGGGUACUUUGGGUUACCGCCGUGGAAAGACUUGAAAGAUGAUCCUUAG